UAUCGUUUGGGUUGUAGCCGUGACGUCAUCCAUCAUACAAACAAGAAAAUGGCGGAAACAGACCUGAAUAUCGAUACCUUGAUUUCAAGACUCCUCGAAGUACGAGGGUGUCGUCCUGGUAAAACAGUUCAAAUGACAGAGUCGGAAGUUCGAGGACUUUGUUUAAAAUCAAGAGAAAUAUUUUUAAGUCAGCCCAUUUUACUUGAAUUAGAAGCGCCUUUGAAGAUUUGUGGAGACAUUCAUGGACAGUAUACUGAUUUAUUACGUUUAUUUGAAUAUGGUGGCUUUCCUCCCGAAUCCAACUAUUUAUUUUUAGGAGAUUACGUUGAUAGAGGAAAGCAGUCAUUAGAAACAAUAUGUCUUCUCUUAGCCUAUAAAAUCAAAUAUCCCGAAAAUUUCUUUUUAUUACGAGGAAAUCAUGAGUGUGCUAGUAUUAACCGUAUUUAUGGAUUUUAUGAUGAAUGUAAAAGAAGAUUUAAUGUAAAAUUAUGGAAAACCUUCACAGAUUGUUUUAAUUGUUUACCUAUUGCUGCUAUUAUUGAUGAAAAGAUAUUUUGCUGUCAUGGAGGGUUAUCUCCAGACUUACAGUCUAUGGAACAAAUUAGAAGAAUUAUGAGACCUACAGAUGUACCAGAUACAGGGUUAUUAUGUGAUUUAUUGUGGUCUGAUCCUGAUAAAGAAGUACAAGGUUGGGGAGAAAAUGAUAGAGGUGUUUCAUUUACAUUUGGUUCUGAUGUUGUCAGUAAAUUCCUCAACAGACAUGACUUAGAUCUAAUAUGCAGAGCUCACCAGGUAGUAGAGGAUGGUUAUGAAUUUUUUGCCAAAAGACAAUUAGUGACAUUAUUUUCUGCACCUAAUUAUUGUGGAGAAUUUGAUAAUGCUGGUGGCAUGAUGUCAGUUGAUGAUACUCUUAUGUGCUCUUUUCAGAUAUUGAAACCAUCUGAAAAGAAAGCCAAAUACCAAUAUGGUGGACUCAACUCGGGUAGGCCAGUCACACCACCACGAGGUCCACAGAAAAAGAAAAACUGACAGGCACCAUAUUAAUAUAUUUGUUGAGUUCUGUAGUAUAUAUGUAUAAUAUUCAUACCAUUUUAUAUUGGUGUUAAGUCUUAAGAUAUUGUUUUUGAAAUAGAACAGUUUUUGGUCUUAAUGCAAGCAACCACAAUAUCAUAUUAAAACCCAAUAACUGUAUGAUACCAUAAACUUAAAACUUGUCCAAAAACAAAAACCUGAAAUGGUUUCUAAGCUAGGGUAGGUCUAUUGUGUACUGUAUUUACAAGUAAAAUAUCUAAAAUUUAUAAAAGGCUUGCUUCAGUCUGUAAAUAUAUUUUAAAUAUAAGCUUAGGCAUUUAAAAAACUUGAAAUAAACAUGAGAUUUGAUUGACUUAUGCUAUGAAAAUAACUGAGCUUUUAUAUUUCUAAUCAAAAUAAGUAUAUAUAUAUAUAUAUAUUUUAGAUUUCUAAUGAAAAUAAGCAUAUAUACUAGUAUAAAUGACUUAUUUUGAGGUAAAGGGUAUAUAGUAGAUCUACAAUAUACCACUAUCAAACAAAAUUAUUUAUUUCAUAAAACAGUGUGCUUAUAAGUAUUUAUAAAGUUUAAAGCAAUGUCGUUAUUCACCUGUCAUCCUAUACAUUGCAACAUAUAGAUCUGAAUUAAUACACUGACAGUGAUGGAAUAAAGGGGUGAUUAUUUAUAGUUAAUAACGGCACAUCCUUUGUAUUUAUAUAUUUAACUGUAUAUUUGUUGAUAAUGUAGAUACUUAUAUAAUGUUAUUGUUGAUUUAAAAUGCAAAACAGCUUUCUGAUCCAUGUAAAUGGAAUAUGCAAUCUUAAAUAUAUAUUAAAAAAUAUCAGAUUAUUUUUGUAUUGAUUAAUUAAGCCAUUUAUUAAUUAUGUAUGUCAUUCUUUCGUAUGUGUCAAUAUUGUAUGGCUUUGACUAUAAUGUGUAUAUUGCAAGGCUUACGCUUACAUGUAUUAAAAUCUACCUUCAGUAUUCUCUUUUUAUUCUAAGCCAAAAAACCCCAAGAAGUCAGUCCCUAUAAUCAUGUUUAGAUUCUUUGUAGAAUGAUUUAGAUGUAAUUUUCGCCUUAUUCGUGUUUAUGAGCUUUUGAGGUAAUACACUAAGGCAGAUUUGUUCACAUUGUUUAAAUAUUGAUCUGAUAAACAAUGUAACAAUUCUUUUGUUCAACAAAUUGUAUGUUUAUUGUAUGGUUUAGUAAAAAUAAGAGAUCUUUUUGUCAAUUUAAGGCGAAAUGAUGAAUAUAGAAAAUGUUUGAUUUUUGUUUUAAUAACAGAACAUUUCUACGUGUAUAUGUGAAUCAUGUAAAGUCCAUUAACUCAAAAUCUACAAUUAAAUUAUAAUUAAUUAACAAUCUACAGUUCAUCAUUUGUUGUGAAUAUAUGUACUAUAGAUUAUUUUAAACAUGGCCCAGAAAUAUCUCACUUGUUGACAUUAAUUCUACACUCUCUUUUUUAUUCAGCACAAAAUCUUUCUGGGCAUUUCAGAGAAUAAACUGGAUCUAUCCAAUCAGUUGAGAUUGGACAUAAAGAACAGAAAGCUACAUAUUUAUGUAGAUUGUAUAUAAAAAGUUAAUAAAAUAUAUGAUAAAAACACAAUAAUAUUUAGAUUAGGAAUAAAUUUGUUAGUAGAAUUGAAUAUUAACUUCUUAAUGUCAUAUAUAUAUACCACUCAAGAUAUAAUCAUGUUAGCAAUAAAUAUUUGAAAUAUCUUGAAAAUAUUGAUUUAAAUUGAAUAGUAGAGGAUAAAUUUUUAAAAUAAAGUUCAGAUCAUCAUAGUCACUUGUCUCUGUGUUAAAAUUAUAUUUAGAACGUGUUUAACCAGUUCUAUCACAUGUAAUAAUGACUGACACCAAUAUUGUCCUUUAAGUAUCUAAUUAUGCAUGCGAGAUUGCUCAAAUUGUCCUCACAGUUUCAAUAUGGCUUUGUCUUAUCUUAAUGAAGAUGUUUAUCAAUCCAGUAAAUUAUGAUAUCUUUAAGACAUGAAAUUGCAUAAUAUGUAUUAUAAAGAUGAAAGCUUGUAAUGUAUUUCUUUUCAUACAAUCUAAACUAUGUACAUUGAGAAUUUCUAUUCUUUGAAAAGAUAUGACUUUUUCUUUUUAAGGAGAACAUAUUUUAUCUUUGUGUCAGAAUUUGAGCUAUUUGUAAACAAACCUAUAUAGAAAUCAAUUGUGCCUUUGGUUUUAAAAUGCUUAUUUUUAGUUGAACAAUGAGAAGUAAAGCAUCAGUUUUGUUUGCCAUAGUUUUAAAAUAGUUAUUUAUGACAUUUUAUGAAUACAACACUUUUGUUAAUGAUAA